AUGCGUUGGAUGACGCGAUGGAAAAUAAUCUCCACGCUCGCCUCGCCGCGUCGAUCGAUCGCGAUCGAUCCCUCGUCGACGACGGUCGGGACGUCUUCGGCGAGCGCGCGCGAGAGGUCGUGUUGGAGUUCGCGCGCGCGUUGGAGUUCGACGACGACGAGCGCGUCGACGGAUAUCGAUGACGACGCGGACGGAACGACGGAGAGUGGACAAGUGCGGGCGUUGAUGCAUUACUGCACCUCUCUGCGAGACGUCCUGUCGAGGUUCGUGGACGCAGAGGCGCUCGCGUCGUCGCGCGCCGUAGUCGUCGAGCGGUGCAGAGAGAUGCGUAGGACGCUCCCGGUGACGUACAAGUCGGGGACGCCGUUCAUGAGCUCAGGGGCGCUCUUUACCGCGUUCGCGUUUGAACUCGAGCGAGCGCGAAGCGCGGAACAUUUAGCAGAGAUUCAGAACGUCGUCACGGCGUGCGCCGAGGGAGGAUUGGUGCCGUAUCACAGCGCGCGAGAGAGCUACGGGCGCGUGAGAGACGCGUUACGAAAUCACGGCGACGACGACGCGCGACGUGCGCUGGAAUAUUUUUCGGGUAAGCGCGUCGAGGCGCCCGUUGACUUCGCCACGGCCGAGGACGUGACGCCCUGGACGCUCACGCGCAAUACGCCAAGCCUGGAUGCCAAAAUUGUAGCCGCGGCGAUGGAGGUACAGAGAACGGGAUUCGCGGUCGUCGACGGUGUGCUCGGAGAGCAAACAUCCGAUACGGUGCGUCGCGCGUUGGAUGAGUUUGUCGACCAAUCGCCGGCGUUCAUCAAGGGCGAGCUCGACAGGACCGAGCGGCACGUGAUCGGCGACGAGGCGGUGGAUAAAAUGCGGGACGAUUGGAUAUGUUGGCUGAGCGGCGACGAGGACGACCCAAUGGUUGGUGCCUUUUGCCAGUUUCUUCGCGUGACGCUUCUUAAUCCGUUACACUUGGCGCUCGGUACCCCUCUUGCGCCCGUGGAUUCUUACGUCUCAAACGCCAUGCUGAGCGUUUACGAGCCGGGGGCGCGCGGAUUUGUCUCGCACGUCGACAACUGUGGUCCCGACCUGGGCGAUGCGCGAGCUCUUUCGGCGGUUUACUACCCAUCAUCGUCGGGCGAGGACGAGGGCGGGGCGCUGAAGCUGUUUCCAGACCAUCCGACGCGUUGCGUCACAGUGACACCGACCGCCGACAGACUUGUGCUCUUCGCCUCGGCUCGAGUGCCGCACUGCGUGACGAGUCGCAGCUCGGAUGCCAAGCGGCGCGUCGCGGCGUCGUUUUGGUACGUUGGCGAUCCCAACGCGAUCGGUCCGCAAUAG